CCGGCCGCUGAGCCCGGCCCGGCCAUGGGGGCUCUGACCAGCCGGCAGAACGCAGGGGUGGAGGAAGUGGAUAUCCCCGCUAAUUCCGUCUACAGAUACCCCCCGAAAUCCGGGAGUUACUUCGCCAACCACUUCAUCAUGGGCGGGGAGAAGUUCGACUCCACGCACCCCGAGGGGUACCUGUUCGGCGAGAACAGCGACCUCAACUUCCUGGGCAACCGGCCCGUGGUGUUCCCUUAUGCUGCUCCACCUCCUCAGGAACCCGUGAAGACCCUCAGGAGUUUAAUCAACAUCCGCAAGGACACCCUGCGCCUCGUCAAGUGCUCGGAGGAGGUGAAGACCCCGGGGGAAGAAGUGAGCAAAGCCAAGGUGCACUACAACGUGGAGUUCACCUUCGACACGGAUGCCCGUGUGGCCAUUACCAUCUACUACCAGGCAACUGAGGAAUUCCACAACGGGGUGGCGAGCUACACCCCCAGGGACAACAGCCUGCAGUCAGAGACGGUGCACUACAAGCGGGGGGUGUGCCAGCAGUUCUGUGUGCCCUCCCACACCAUCGACCCGUCCGAGUGGAGCGAGGAGGAGCUGGGCUUCGACCUGGACCGCGAGGUUUAUCCCAUGGUGGUGCAGGCAGUGGUGGAUGAAGGAGAGGAGCACAGUGGGCACUGCCACGUGCUGCUGGCCACCUUUGAGAAGCACAGUGAUGGCACCUUCUGCGUGAAGCCCCUCAAGCAGAAGCAAGUGGUGGAUGGUGUGAGCUACCUCCUGCAGGAGAUCUACGGCAUUGAGAACAAGUACAACACACAGGACUCCAAGGUGGCCGAGGACGAGGUGAGCGAUAACAGCGCCGAGUGCGUGGUGUGCCUGUCGGACGUGCGGGACACGCUGAUCCUGCCCUGCCGCCACCUCUGCCUGUGCAACACCUGCGCCGACACCCUGCGCUACCAGGCCAACAACUGCCCCAUCUGCCGGCUGCCUUUCCGAGCCUUGCUUCAAAUCCGAGCCAUGAGGAAAAAGCUGGGCCCGCUCUCGCCCACCAGCUUCAACCCCAUCAUCGCCGCACAGACCUCGGACUCCGAGGAGCACUCGUCCUCGGAGCACAUCCCGCCGGGUUACGAGGUGGUUUCCCUGCUGGAGGCCCUCAAUGGGCCCCUGACGCCGUCGCCGGCCGCGCUGCCCCUGCGAGCCCUGGGGGACCCCCCAGGCGUGGGGACCCUGCCCUCCUACGGCAGCGAGGGCCCCCUGCCCCCCCUGAGGGCCCUGGCACCCCUCGAGCGCCUGCCUGACUGCGGCCCCGUGGGGCUCAAGCUGAAGAAAAGCAUCUCCAAGUCCAUCUCACAGAACUCCUCCAUCCUGCCCGAAGAGGAGGAUGAGAAGUCGUGCACUGAGUCAGAGCUGAGGGUGGCCAGGAGGAGAUCCCCAGCCCGGCAUGAGGAGGAAUGUGGUGCAACCCCAGAGAGUGAAAACCUCACCCUGUCAUCAUCAGGAGCCAUCGACCAGUCCUCGUGCACUGGGACACCCCUGUCCUCCACCAUCUCGUCCCCAGAAGAGCCCGUGAGCAGCAGCCUGGCUCAGUCCGUCAUGUCCAUGGCCUCCUCCCAGAGCCAGCACUCCCAGCUCAGCACUGACACCGUGUCCUCCAUGUCUGGCUCCUACAUCGCCCCUGGCACGGAGGAGGAAGAGGAGGAGGAGGAGGAAGAGGAGGGGGACAUGCUCCCCUCGCCUGCGGCCGCGAGCGCCACAGCCUCUGAUGGAGAGUCAACACCUGUGGAGUCCCCGGAUCUGAAUUUUGUCAGCAUCUCUGCCGAGGAGCGCGAUGCUGAGGGCAACGAUGUGCUGGAGGACGAGGACGCCUCUCCCACACAGGAAGACGGCCCGAGGACAGGCGCUUUCCUCGGUCUGAGCUGUGACAAUAACAAUGACAUGGGCAUCGCACACGUGAGAGCGCUGGACAAUAAACUGUGCUCUGAGGCCUGCUUACCUGGCCCAGAGGCAGCCAACAACAACGUGGGGCUGCAGCAGACCUGGCCCCGCUGCCCCCCGGGCCCCCCGGAGCAGGCAGCACCCGCCCUGCCCGUGUGAGGGCUCAGCCUCGGGGGGGCACGGAGCCCCCUGCCCACCCAGAGGGACCCUGGUGUCUGGGCACCCUGGGCAUCGUCACCGCCACCCCUCGGCUGUACCAGGACUGAUUUUCAAAAGAAAAGACGGUAACCUUGACUUUUGUGUGGGGGCUGAAAGCCAUGUUACUUUGGAGCCCCCCACUGGCACCUUUCCAUUCUCCAGCCCCAAUGGGGAUGGGCUGGGGUCCCUCCUGCCCCCCCCCCCAUCAUCUUACAGCCCCAGCCUCCUCUCCUCCAAAGUGUGGAGCAGAUGGGACAGGGACACCUCACCAAGGGGUUCUGGGAUGUGGGUGGGUGGGGACAAUGGGAGGACACUGUUCAGGGCUGUGGGCUCUAGGAGGAGUGUUGGGAUUGGCAUCCUUGGUGCAUGAGCUGCUGACUUUCAUGGGGGGUCACCCCCCCACUCCAGGUUUGCUGCCCUGUGCCCCUGCCCUGCCAUGGGCUGUCCCCAUGCCAUGGGACAUUCCCCCAUUCAUGCACUGGCAGUAACUCUGCCCCCAUAGCUGCCCCUCCCUCUGCUCUCCUGAGCAGCACCUGGGCUCCUGGGCCUGGCCCCGAGGCAUGGAGCAGGUGGCAGGGGUGGGCAGGAGGCCUGGUACUACCCCCAGCCCAGUCACCAGCCCCUGGGGCAUUGACAAUUUAUCCUCUGUCUUCCACCCUGCUGUGGCUCAGGGCUCUGGGCUGCGCCCUCUCUCUGGAACAAGUGCCAAAAGUGUCACCCCACGCCCCCCAUCCUGCCCUCCCCAUAACACUUUGUAGCAAGGGGUGGAUGAGGGUGUGGGGGCUGCCCCCAUCUCCAUCCCCAUCCCUCUGGCCAGCACUGGGCUGGCAGCAUAAGUGGAUUUUGCUCCAAGGGCAGACACACAGGGAUAGUAAAGCAGGAGGGACAAAGCCACAGACCUUGGGGCCUGGUGGGGCCACUGGCAGAGGCCAGGCUCCACUCCAGAGAGCAUCAGGGACAGUCAGAAAUCACUUGGAGCAGCAUCAGACCCUGCAUCCCAAUCCAGCAGGCUCUGGAGCUGUUUGGGGCAGCCCAGAGUGGGAAGCUGAGCCUCCCUUUUCCCCACCUGGUUUUGUCACAUGGCUGUGGCAGCAAAGGCCACCUCCCCCUCUUUGCAGGACACAGCUGCAUUUCAGAGCCACCUUAGCACAGAGAUGCUCCUGCACUGACAGCAGGGUCCCUGGAGGGUGGAAGCAGGUUCCCAGUGCCAUCCCCAUGGCAGAAAAAUUGUGCUGAUGAUGACUGUGGCUCCUAGAGAGGGAUGGAGCCCUUUGGGGGGCUGGGGGUGUUUUCUCUGCCUUUCUGUGUGUGGGUCCUGCCAGGACCAGCGAUCCCACUGCUCUCUCCCCUGCACUGGCUGUGUCUCCUCUAAGCUCAACAGCUCCCAAAUUCCUCCCUGGGAACCCAGGGCUGGGUGUUUGAUGUCAGGGGGUGACAUCUCCAAAACGCCAUCCUGUGGCAUGCCAGGUGGGAGCUGCAAGAGCAGGGAGGGCUCAAGUGGUGGGGACAAGCCCUGUGCCCCGUUUGGGGACAUGCUGGGUGACCCAGCCCUAAGGAGCCACGGCAGCACACAGGAGCAGCUUUGGAGGUUCACUGGCAUGCUGAGCUGAGAAAACCACGGCAGCCAUCUCUUCCCUAAGGCUCCAGCACGGGCAGGGGAGAGAAAAUCGGGCUGGUGCUCCAGGGGCACCUCGUCUACCAAAGCCCAACCUUCCUCGUGGUUCCAAAGGGGACAAGGACAGCUGGCCUGGCACCCUGGCACAGGCUGCAGCUGUGCUUGUGGCUGCCAGCAGAGCAAGGAGGACUUGGGAGAGACCGUGAGGGUUUUCUGGCUCGUCUGAGCGGUGUCCCCAGGGCUGCUGGAGCCAGACAAACGCACGGGGUGGCUGCGGGCAGGCGCUGCCCUCGCUCGGAGCGAUGGAGAGGAGCCGGGAGGAUGCUGCGGCCGAGCAGCGCUGCUGCCUGGCUGUGAGCAAGGAAUCCAUCCUCUGGGUGGCACAGGAGAGACGGGAUUUGGGCACGAGUGACAUCAGCGCCGUCCUCGGCCACCCAGGCGGGAUGAGGGGCAGGCAGCGCGGGGUGGAAGGUGACAGCCCCUCGUUCCAGUGACCCACGUGUCAGGGAUUUAAGGAAGGAAACCAGAUUGCUGCUUAUGAUUUUGCUUUGAGCAUGUUUUGGAUUUUAAGAGUAUGUUUAAUAAAGGGUAUCUUAUGUCG